AUGGAUUCUGAUACUCACAGCGAGAAAAGGGUCGCGGACAACUCCGUCGAAAACAUUUUGCAACAGCGCAAAGAUGCCGGUGUUCGCAAUAUCGAGGUGUACGCCGAGCAAUACAGUCACAUCGGCUACAGAGUAACGUUGUUUUUCUCUAUUUUCCUGGUCGCUUACGCAUACGGUCUGGACGGUAUGCUUAGAUACACAUUCCAGUCUUACGCUACUUCGUCGUAUGCCGAACACUCUCUGCUGUCCACUGUGAACUGUAUCAAGGCUGUGGUUGCCGCUGCUGGUCAAUUUUGGUUUGCCCGUGCUUCGGACAUCUUCGGAAGAAUCGAAAUUUUGGCCAUCUCUGUCGUCUUUUACAUUGUGGGAACAAUCAUCGAGUCCCAGGCAUACGAUGUUUCGAAAUUUGCUGCGGGUGCCAUCUUCUACCAAUUAGGGUACACUGGUAUUGUGUUGAUCCUUGAAGUUGUGGCUUCGGAUUUCUCAAACCUGAACUGGAGACUUGUGGCCACUUUUGUCCCCGCUCUACCCUUCAUUAUCAACACUUGGAUCUCGGGAAACAUCCUAGAGGAUCUUGACGAUGGGUUGAGAUGGAGUUGGGGUAUCGGCAUGUGGGCGUUCAUUCUACCUUUGACCGCUAUCCCUCUAUUCUGCUGUCUCUUCCACAUGCGUUACCUGGCCAAGAAGAACGCCCCGGAGAAGCUACAGACCGAGGUUGGGCUAUACAAAGACCUGAAAUGGACUGAUUAUAUCAUUGAGAUUUUUUUCUGGAGGUUGGACAUUUUGGGUCUAAUCUUGUUGUGUGCUGUUUUUGGAUGUAUUUUGAUUCCUUUCACCUUGGCACAAGGCCUAAAAGAUCAAUGGAAGACUGCUCACAUCAUUGUACCCGAGGUUAUCGGUUGGGUGGUUGCUAUUCCUGCCUUCCUUGUUUGGGAACUCAAGUUUGCUAAACAUCCCUUGGCUCCUUGGUACUUGGUCAAAGACAGAGGUGUUUACUCUGCCUUAUUUGUUGCCUUCCACGUUAAUUUUGUGUGGUACAUGCAAGGUGAUUACAUGUACGCGGUUUUGCUGGUUGCUGUGAAUGAGAGUGUUAAGUCUGCCACCAGAAUUACCUCUCUUUACUCAUUCGUCUCCGUCAUCACUGGUUUCCUAUUAGGCUUCGUGGUUGUAUUCGUGAGAAGAACCAAGAAGUUUAUUCUAUUUGGUAUCGGAUGCUGGUUUGUUGCCUUUGGUUUGCUAGUACACUACCGUGGUGACUCUACCUCGCACUCAGGUAUCAUCGGUUCUUUGUGUUUGCUUGGUUUUGGUGCUGGUUUCUUUACUUAUACUACCCAAGUAUCCAUCCAGGCUUCUGCCAAGACCCACCAGGACCUGGCUGUUAUUACUGCAUCUUACUUGGCUACCUACAAUAUUGGUUCGGCCGUCGGUGCUGCUGUUUCCGGUGCCAUAUGGACCAAUAUCUUGCCAAGAGAGCUCCGCAAGAGAAUCAGUGACAGUGAAAUUGUUGCUGCCGCCUAUUCUUCUCCUUACACGUUUAUCUAUGAAUACACAUGGGGUACCACUGAGAGGAUAGCUGUCGUGAGAUCCUACCAAGUUGUUCAGAAAAUUCUAUGCAUUGUUGGCCUAUGUUUCUGUGUCACCUUGCUAGCGUCUGCUUUCUUGUUGAGAGACUACAAACUAGAGAGCGCUGUCGCUCUUGAAGACGUGCAGUCGAGCCAUACUAGUGAAUCCGAGACGACGAACGCUUCCGUGGACGAAGAAGCUGUCGUUGAAAAAAGCAACUAG